AUGCAGCUCUCCGCUCUCACCACCCUCCUAGGGUUUUCUGCCUCGGCCGUCGCCACAAUUCCUUACCCUCCCGGCCGGACACCUCUUCGUCGCCAGGCAUCGGCCGAUGCUACUUCGUCUCUUUGGGUGUCUGAGGUGCCGUCUUCACCUCGGCCCUAUGCUGUCCGCCACUACGGCAUUCCUGGUCUUGUCCUCGGGGGGCAGACAUACCGUUUCCCAGUGACAGGGCCCAGCUCCGACUAUGCAUUCACACUGAUCUCGACUGCAUCGCCUGGGUCGGGCUCCCUGGGCGUCCUGCCUCACACUCAUCUGAUCCACUAUGAGAACUUCUUCUGCCUCAAGGGCCGCUUCCAGCUCUGGACAUCUACCGCUGAGACGUUUGAGAACGAAGAGGCCCGCCUCCUGACCCCUGGAGACUACGGCGCCGUCCCACACAACACGACCCACACCUUCCAGGUCCAGGACCCAGACACCGACAUGGUCGGCGUCAUCCAGCCUGGCGGUUUCGAAGACCUCUUCUACGCCCUGGCCAACGCAAACUACACCUCGCCCCUGCAGAGCCCCUACGACAUCAACGACGCGAGCCCCUACAACGCCACCAGCGGCGCGCCGCCACCCGAGGUCAUCGGGGCCCUGCAGUCCUUCGACGUCUACGCCCAGCUGAACUUCACGCCCUCUCGCGGGCUCGUGAACGGCUCGUACUCGGCCGCCAAGGGGGCUGGGGACGUGACCGGCUGGCACACCGCCGCGGCUGAGCUCGCCGCCGACGAGAAGACGCCGUACUUCGUGGCCAAGGACUUCGGGCCCAAGUGGCUCAGCGACGAGGCUGGGUUCUACCAGAUCGUCCAGCCCCUCGUCACGCCCACCCAGUCUGCCGGCAACUUCACACUCGCUACUAUCAUCAUGUCUGAGAAGCUCUCCAACGAGUCGGCGAUGAGCGUCCCUGGCACUAGCGCUAGUGGCAGCACGGCUUUGACUGGGCACUCUGCGUUUGAAGUGCUGGAGGGCCUGCUGAGCUUUGAGGUCGACGGGGAGACCAUUCAGUUGGCGACUGGGGACGUGGUUUUUGUCCCUGCUGGUACUGCGUUCCAGUACUCUAGUGUCGUGCCCUUCACCAAGGUCUACUACAUCUCACAGGGCGCGGAUGGCCUGGACACGAGGCUGAUGGCGAAUGGUGUCAGCGGAUGGGAGUACCCUGCCUGGCCAUCUUCUUGA